AUGACCUCCCUGGCCUUCCCCGCCAAGGGCAAGAUGCAGGACUGUGUCCAGAUCGCGGGCAUCCACUGGCACAACUUUGUCUCGUUCUACAACCUGUACGACGAGCCCGAAGACUCCUUCUGGCGCUACUGCCUCGUCGGCAUCGUGGCCGGCAUCAGCUUCCGCGAGAGCGAGGCCCAGGUCGGCCCGCGCAUCAGCCUCGUCCUGCGCAACUCGGCCGACGAUACGAUGCACUUCCACUUCGACCCCGACACCAUCGAAGACUGGGUCAAGGACGAUGUGUGCGGCCUCGAGCUGGGAAGCUACGUCGUCCUCAUGUGCGACAAGCGCCUGCGCAAGUCGUCCAAGAGCGACCACGUCGUCUACCGCCAGGUCAAGCAGAUGGACGUCAUCCCCGCCGACGAGCUCGGCCAUCGCCAGGCCGUCGCCUUCGAGAACAUCGACACCUACUGGGAGUGGCUCGCCGACAUCCAGUUCGAUGCGUUCAGCGACACGGUGCGCCUCAGCUUCGACGACUGGAAGAACCUCACCAGGCACAGCUGCGAAAAGUGGUCGCCCCUCAUCGGCGACCUGGCCCAUUCGGCAGAGAAGACCGACGACGAGGAUGCCGAGUCCGACGACGACGUCGUGUACGACGUCGAGCUCGACGCCUCGGACUCUGACGACAGCGCCGUCGACCUGGCCGACGACAAGCCCAUCAAGAGCGAGGACUGA